UGGGCCUAACUGACAGUUCACAUUGGAUCUACUGGACAAACGGUUACCGAAGGCGCUAGUAGCACCGAGGCAGACCACCAAUACAGAUGCAUGUCAUUCUCAAUAGCAAGGAUUAACAGAGAUAUUUGAUGCAACAAUGGUGUUUAAAUACAUGGAGGAACAAUACACAUCAAUUGCGACAAAAUAUGUUUCGCAAAAUACAGAAGCUCUACGAAAAGUAAUAGUAGGCUUUAUCUACUUAUUAUCAGCUCAUAUUACUUCAUGUGUUGCGAUAAUUUACGUUAAUGAUCGUCUACCGGAUAGAAAUAAACACCCACCACUCCCAGAUCUAAUUUUGGAUAAUCUACCCUACGUCCAAUGGGCAGGACAAGCUUCGGAAUAUUGUCUGGCUUUGGAAAUGGUGAUCUGGAUAGGUAUCGUCAGUCUCAAUAAACAUCGGCUACAGAUCAUCCAUAGGCUGUGUUUAGUAGCCGGUACAAUGUACUGGCUAAGGUGUAUGUGUGUUCUCGUCACCUCACUUCCGGUUCCGGACGUCAACAAAAAGUGCUACCCAGUACCAGAAGCGGAUACAUGGAACAAACUAAAACGUGCUUUCGAUUUAUACACUCGAUUUGGACUGAAAGUGGUUGGUGCUGAGACCUGUGGAGACUAUAUAUUUAGUGGACAUACAACCCUUCUCACCAUUUUGAAUCUUUUCGUAAACGAGUACGCGCCAAGAUCUCGUUGCUUCAUCCGUGGUAUCACCUGGGCAUUAAACAUAAGCGGGAUUGUUUUUAUCCUUUUGUGCAGAGGGCACUACACAAUUGAUGUCCUGCUAGCGUUUUACUUGUCCUAUCAGAUUUUCACCACAUAUCAUUGUUGUAUUGUCCAGGAGCGCACCAGUUCGUUUCCAUGGAAAUGCGUGGACUAUUUGUCAGAGUAUUUCGAAAGCAGUAAGGAAACCUUGCCAGAGUGUGAAAAAAGUGUUGUUUGAUGAAACAGAUGUUUAGAUAGAUAAUAUUUAUAUCAAUAAUUUAUUUAUUUUCGUUAUUGAAAAAUUGCCAUUUUUCAUCAGAAUUUUAGAUGGUGCUCUAAUUUAUUAUGUUUAUGUAUUGAGUGGAUUAUUCGUAAUUUAUGUUUGCUCUAAACAAUGAAUCUUCAAUGUGAGUGGACUGAUUUUACCCAAUUGUUUAGCAGUACACCAUUGCGGUUCCAUAAUCAGUUGCCUUGUAGAGGAGUCGAACACCCCUUUGUUGUGUAAAAACAGUGAUAAGAGAACGUUGCCAAAAUAUUAUAUACUAUUUGGUUCUAUAACGAUUUAUCAUUGUUAUUGUUAUGACAAUUGCCAUUGUUCCCAAUCGUAUUCUAAAAGUCAUUGUUGUUAACUCUGAGAUAUGAAACUCUGUUACAGUUAGGAAACGCUAAAUCAAAUCUAAUGAACAUGAAUCGAAUCUGAUUAAGUUUCUUUCCUUCAUUUUUACCUAUUAUGAAAAUCAGUCCGUCAUUGACUUUGUAUUAGAUUUUUAAGUCCCUCUUAUUGAGUGAAGUUAGCCGUAAUGUUGAUAAGAGUGAUCAUACGCCUCCCGAUUCCAAUGUCAGCCAUAGUGGCUUACCACCAGAUUUAGAAAUGGGCACGGUAUUUUCAAGUAUGUGAACGGCGGGAUUGUUUACAUACCGAAUUGUGUUGGCUUACUACUGUGACAAACAUGUCAUCAACGGUUUGUCACCAGCGCCAAGUUGAUGUGUACGCAAUCCCAUUCAUCUUAGAUACGGACAUCAACUACUUUCUGAUCCGCCCCACACCCAAAAUUUAAAAUAUUAUAUACUUAUGUUUACGACAAUAAACCAUCACAAUAAUGAAACUUUUUGCUUACAUUCCCUAUUUGUGAAGUACGUUUUUGUCAUAACGUGUUUGCUCGUAGUAGAAGGACAUGAAUGGAAUGGCUGGUGCUAUAUUUUAUGUUAAAUUCCUGAAAGUGUAAAGCUGUAUGGAGGAUGUAACAUUAAAGUGCAAUUGUAGAGAUGUUUGUUAUUUUGGUUAAGAAUAAUAAUAUGUUUUUGUUAUAUAAUUGUUCGUGAUUUUUAAGCAUUAACUUAAUUCACAAUAGGACUUAAUGGAGGCAUCAAAACCUUUAAUAUUUUGUCCCAAUGGUCGCAUUCCAAGAGAAAACCAAGUAGACGAUGACGUUAAUGGAGUAUUUGUUUUAUCAGAUGGUAAACACAUAUUGAUCUUAGUUUAUUUAUAGGUAUUAAUGAGUAAUACAUAUUUAAUAUGAUAAAAUGUUAAUACAAUUUAAAUCUAAGAUAAAACAAUUGAAUCGAAAUGUAUAAAUCAUGUUCAAUGCAAUACAGUGUGAAUAGUAAAAUGUAAUAUUCAAGGGUAAUAGCACUGUAACACAGUUCAAAAUUCUAUUUAUCUGCCACCCAGAUUGCAUUUAUAUUGAUAAUAGAUACAAUAUAGCAAGCGUGUAAUUGUUAAUAAAAAGCUAGAACUAACGUCAACUGCAUUUAACAAAGUUAGAUAUGACGUCAGACUGUUAUAUACGUAAUACAAAGUUAGGUGUGACGUUAAACUGUUAUAUUAUUAUACGUAAUACAAAGUUAGGUGUGACGUCAAACUGCUGUUAUAUACGUAAUACAAAGUUAGAUGUGACGUCAAACUGAUGUUAUAUACGUAAUACAAAGUUAGAUGUGACGUCAGACUGUUAUAUACGUAAUACAAAGUUAGAUGUGACGUCAAACUGGUAUAUACGUAAUACAAAGUUAGAUGUGACGUCAAACUGCUGUUAUAUACGUAAUACAAAGUUAGAUGUGACCUCAAACUGUUAUAUACGUAAUACAAAGUUAGAUGUGACGUCAAACUGUUAUAUACGUAAUACAAAGUUAGAUAUGACGUCAGACUGUUAUAUACGUAAUACAAAGUUAGAUGUGACGUCAGACUGUUAUAUACGUAAUACAAAGUUAGGUGUGACGUCAAACUGCUGUUAUAUACGUAAUACAAAGUUAGAUGUGACGUCAAACUGCUGUUAUAUAAGUAAUACAAAGUUAGAUGUGACGUCAAACUGUUAUAUACGUAAUACAAAGUUAGAUGUGACGUCAAACUGCUGUUAUAUAAGUAAUACAAAGUUAGAUGUGACGUCAGACUGUUAUAUACGUAAUACAAAGUUAGAUGUGACGUCAAACUGCUGUUAUAUAAGUAAUACAAAGUUAGAUGUGACGUCAGACUGUUAUAUACGUAAUACAAAGUUAGAUGUGACGUCAGACUGUUAUAUACGUAAUACAAAGUUAGAUGUGACGCCAAAAUGUUAUAUACGUAAUACAAAGUUAGAUAUGACGUCAGACUGUUAUAUACGUAAUGCAAAGUUAGAUGUGACGUCAGACUGUUAUAUACGUAAUACAAAGUUAGGUGUGACGUCAAAGUGCUGUUAUAUACGUAAUACAAAGUUAGGUGUGACGUCAAAGUGCUGUUAUAUACGUAAUACAAAGUUAGAUGUGACGUCAAACUGCUGUUAUAUACGUAAUACAAAGUUAGAUGUGACGUCAAACUGCUUUUAUAUACGUAAUACAAAGUUAGAUGUGACGUCAAACUGCUGUUAUAUACGUAAUACAAAGUUAGAUGUGACGUCAAACUGCUUUUAUAUACGUAAUACAAAGUUAGAUGUGACGUCAAACUGCUGUUAUAUACGUAAUACAAAGUUAGAUGUGACGUCAAACUGCUGUUAUAUACGUAAUAAAAAGUUAGAUGUAAUGUCAGACUGUUAUAUAAGUAAUACAAAGUUAGAUGCGACGUCAAACUGUUACAUACGUGAUACAAAGUUAGGUGUAAUAUCAAACUAUUAUACAUGUACGUAAUACAAAAUUAGAUAUAUUACUAAUAUAAUUUAAAUGUGUUCAAAUCAAAUAUGUUAUAAAGAGGUAUGAUUGUGAAAACUAAAAUAGAACGCCCAUUCAUAGAGUUCAUUUCAAAACUACACUGGUCGUAUUUAAACACGAGACAUGCCCUAACUCAAACGUUUCAUCGUUCAAUCAAUGAAUACAGGUCACACAAGUUUGAUCUAAAAGUAUGAGUUCAGCAGACAAUCCUCGUACAGAAUAGCGCCUGGACCCUAUUGAUUCUACUUUGUUUAGUAACCAAAUAAAGCAUGUUAAUGGAAACAUUUACAUUUCAGUAACAGGUCUCAUGUUUCAAGUAUUAUAUACACAUUACUUACCUUACCUAGUUUUAUUUCUAGCGUAAAGUCUAUAUAUAGGUAUACCUAAUCACCUAUUAUACAUUAAUUAGCUAGGUGAAUUUAAAGGUAAAAAUUAAAAAACCGCGCAAAAAUCAUUCGAAUUGGUUAUAUAAUUGUGAAGAUUAACUCAGUAUGCCUAAUUAAAUUUCAAAUAACGCACUUAAUGUUUUUCACGCCACCACGUUAGCGACCAUAAAGUAUCAUUGUUUUAUAAAUACAGUGUAAAAAGUAAGUAAAAGUAUGAUUUAUGCCGUCAUCUGAAGCAAUAUUCUAUGGUGUAGAAAGUGGACGCAUGUGAAAAAUAUUGAAUAAAUAAUUAAAAGUCGAUACCUGGUUUUAUUGACCUGACAAAUAUCAACGGUGGACUUUGUCCUCGGUCGAUUUUUUUGCUCGUGUUAAUAAAACUAAGUAUCAACUAUAUCUAAAGAUUUUGAUUGUAUAUUCUUACUUUGAGAACACGUAUAGGUAUUAAUUUGUGUAAAUCCUUUUUUUUGUAUUUCAAUAUACAUAUACAUAUUUAAUUUGCAAUUUUAUUCGCAUGCCUUUUUGCUGGAAUCAUUAAAGUAUAACUACGCUUAUCACAGAUUCUAAACUAUUUCAAUAGAAAAUGUUUGUUGCGUGUCUAUUUAUUUUUAUAUUUAUUUAUUUAUUUUAUUUAUUCCUAGUCUUGAUUGUGAGCUAAACUUGGCCAUUGUAAACUAGGUUUACAUACAGUAAAGCUAGAAUACGAUUUAAACGUGUGAGUGCAACGGAAGCUUUGUACUCCAUGAUUUUGAAUAAAUUACUGUAAUCAGUUUAAUAUAUAUUGUUGAUAGUGGGUCAGGUAUUUUGGCGGUACUAAAUGUGGAAGAUCCCGCCACAUUUUGUAGGGAUGUUUGUGUAAACUAUAAAUCCAUUGUAUUUAAAGUAUUUAUGUAUAAAUGUAUUUACAGAUCAUGGUGAUUUGUAAACAAUUCAAAGAACAUUGACUUAUAAUACAAAAGAUGAAAAUAAAUACUAGAAAUGAUUUUGACUAUUUGAAAAGUAUUUAUCGAUGAAAGGAAUAUAAAUGGGGAUCUAUUUUUAGCAGACUGACGACAGAUGUCAUUAUUUCCAACAUAUUUUUUUAUCAAACGAUGCACUUGUAUUAUCCACUUUACGCAAUGGAAUAUUCAAAUUUCUGGUUUAUGCCUCGUGAGAAUGUUCGAUAGAUAUAUUUUACACUCACGAUAUUUUACAGUCUUAAGUAUCCAUCAACCAGAAUAAAAUAUGAUAGGUGAAAUAUUAUGUAUGAUACUAAAUUAAUUUUGGGAUCCCUUAUCUAAUCAAGAUGAUUCAAUAUAGAGAAAUCUUUAAAUCAUUUAUAGUAAUGCAUAUGUGAAGAUAUUUUUGUAUAUAAUGUUUACCUAUCGUUGAUAGAAAUGUAUAUCUACUUGGCUAUUAGUAAAAUAAUCUUAUAUGGUAGAAGUUUUAUAACCCAACCAAUAUGAUAUUUAGGAGUGUGACGUUUCGAUGACGACACUGUCACCUCCAUCAGACUAAUGACCAAUGUGAAGCGUAUUAACACUGACAUAUACAGUGUCCGAGUAAAAGACUCGAUCGACUGUUUAGGAUGUUUCGUCCGUUUCACACCAAAUUAGAAAAUAGUGUGACGAGAUGGUAAAAAUGAAAUAGAAUCAAACAAAUGUAAUAGAUGAUAUGAUGUAGUG